CUCUAGGAGAGGCAAGAGAGUGGAGAUGAUUGAGGGUUGCGGUUAAACGUUUGCUGUGUUUUUUAUCCAACAAGUGGAAAAGGAUGGUUUGGAAGAAACUUCUCAACUGAGCCUCAGCUUGGUCUUUGAGAGCACGUCUGUGGUGGAUGAUGAUAGAAGUGAAACCCCCCACUCUGGCACUGUCUUUUCAUCUUUGAUUCAUCUGAAAAAAUGACCACACAACCACUGACCACCAUGAAUGCCUCGGCUCAGCCACCCAUCAACAACACCCCGCUCUGCUACUCCAUCAACAGCCCUCCAUUUAAGUACCAGCCUGAAAUCGCCCGGGCCUACUUUUCAGCCCUCUUUGGCAGUCUGGGUCUCGUGUCCAAUCUCAUCGCCUUUGUAGUCCUCCUCAAGUCCUUCCAACGGACUCAUAGCCGCUCACGCUCCUCCUUCCUGAUCUUCCUGGGUGGCCUGGUGGUCACAGACUUCAUGGGUCUUCUGGUCACCAGCUCCAUUGUGAUCUCCUUCCAUGUCACACACUUUAAUUGGCGCCAUUUAGAUCCGCACUGCCACUUCUGUAACUUCAUGGGCAUGUCCAUGGUCUUCUAUGGAUUGUGCCCACUUCUGCUCAGUGCUGCCAUGGCCUUGGAGCGCUUUAUUGGCAUCAACCGUCCAUUUGCACGCUCCAGUAUGCCAAAGAGUCGCACAGUCUCCAUGGUGCUGAUGGUGUGGGUGGUCGCUGGCUGCAUAUCUUUACUGCCUCUGUUGGGUGUUGGGGGCUACCACAUGCAGAUGCCCGGUUCCUGGUGUUUCUUCAACAUCAGCUCAGAGGGAAAUGACCUGAUCAUGUCCCUGCUCUUCUCUCUGGUUGGGCUGACGAGCAUCACUGUGUCAUUUCUGCUGAACACUGUGAGCGUUGUGACUUUGAUUAAGGUGUGCUGUGGACAGGACAGUUUCCAGCGUCGCAGAGACCACGAAGUGGAGAUGAUGGUCCAGCUCAUCCUCAUCAUGGUCAUUGCUUCUAUCUGCUGGUGCCCUCUUUUGGUCUUCAUUGCAGAAACUGUGCUGUCAGAAAGUCCCCUCCAGAUCAGAUACCUACUGCUAUGGCUCCGCUUCGCCACCUGGAACCAGAUCCUGGAUCCGUGGGUUUACAUCCUGUUUCGCAGGGCGGUUCUCAGGAGACUCUACCCCCGCCUUGACUGGUCUCGGGGUUCCAUCAUGAGUUUGUACCCAUCUCUGAGUGGAACUGUUCGCAGGUUCACUCGUUCUUCAUUGGGGAGCACCCUGGGCUCAGAUGAAACAGGAGACUCACAGAAAUCAAAUGUAACAGCGACUUCUGCAUUAAAGACAGCAACUCCUUCCCAGUGACUGUCUGGAUUUGUGCUGCAGAUAGAAGGACAUGAACACAAAUUUCUGCACCAUCUGUGACCAAGACAAGAAGGAAAAUUGCACAAAAGAUUUCACUAGAAACAAUGUUUUUUGUUUUAUUGAGAGUGGUCUGGCUGCAGACUGUACAUUUCUGACAGCCACUCUCACAGACCGUUGAUCUAAGAUGCUUUAUAUCUCAGAGAGGAAGAGCUGUAAUUUGCCACUAGAACAUAUUUCUAGUCUUUAUUUUUUAGUUUAAACUUUAUACAUAGACAGUCUUAAAGUUACAUUCAUGAAAUGACCACAUCACAAACAUUACAGACAAAGGAAAUUUAAUAAAUACAAUAGAGAAAAAAGGUAAGCUGUCUAAUCUGACAUUAAAUUAUGUAUAGACCCAUUUUAGAAGUAGUUACAGUUUAGCUUUAGUUAAACUUUAGCCAAAGCUAACAUACCUACUCUAACUAUGUAAUCAGCAUGACUAGCUACAUAAGCCAAUGUAGCUAAGUUAGCUUUAGUAACAUGAGCUUUAGCAAAGGAAGCUGAAACUAAUUUAGCUACCUAGAGAAAUUAUCUCUCUAGCUUACAUAGCUGCUUUUGGAUCUUAGCUAUUUUAGCAACAUGGCUCUGUUAUCUAUAGCUAAGUUAGCUUUAGAAAUGUGAGCUUUAGCAAUGUGAGCUUUGUCAGUGUGAGCUUUAGCAUUGUAAGCUUCAGCAACAUGGGCUUUAGCAAAUGUAGCCAAAGCUAUGUAGAUUACAUGGAUAACUAGCUUGCAUUUUGAGAGCUUAGCUUUAGCUACAUUACAUACUAAGCUCCAUUAUCUAUAUCUAAGUUCACUUUAGACACCUGAGCCUUGGCAAUGUGAGCUUCAGCAAUAUAAGCUUUGGCAAAAUAAGCUUUAGCAACACAAGCUUUAGCAACAUGAGCUUAAGUGAAUGUAGCUAAAGAUAACGUAGCUAAGUAGAUAACAUGGAUACAUAGCUUAAAUAGCUACUUUGUGAGCUUGGCUUUAGCUAUGCUAACUAUGUAAAUGCGUUAUCUAUGGCAUAGUUAGCUUUAUCAACUUGAGAUUUAUUAACUUGAGCUUUAGCAAACAUAGCUAAAGCUAACUUAGCAACAUCAAUAAAGAGGAUACAUAGCUUAUGUAGCUGCUUUGUGAGGUAGGCUUUAGCUACAUUAGCUACAUAGCUCUGCAGCUUUAGAAAAGGAGUUAGUUUUAGCAACAUGAGUUUUAGCAAAAGAAGCUAAACCUAACUGAGCUACAUCGAUAAUGUGGAUACAUAGCUUGCAUAGCUGCUAUCUGAGCUUAACUUUAGCUAUGUUAGCUACGUAGCUGUGUUAGAAUGUUUUCAUGGAGGACAAGCAUUUCUCCUGUAAGCAGACUGUUUUUGCUUUAUUAAAUGUUCCAUAAUUAGGUUUUUAACUUUUUAAAUUUUGGUAUCCUAUUUUUCUUUUUCCCUCGCCAUAACCAUAAACUGGAGUUAAAUCCGAUUAUAUUUCAAAAGUUUUAGCACAUAUUGUCGUUCUGAGAUACAUCUUUGUCUCAGAUGAAUGGUCUGUGAGAAUGGCCAUGAACAGACUGCAGCCAGACUGUCUUGUGGAGUUUUAUUAAAUAGCAUUGAUGUCGUUAUCAGUAUUAGCAAAGACAUUUAAAUGUACUGUUUAUGUAGCCACUUUUCUGAGCACAUCAGCCUUGAGGCAAGUUUUAAGCUAAAAUUAUGUGCUCAAUCUUGUAUGUGAUGUUUUUAAACAUGUUCCAAUGUAAAUGGGACUUUUAAUGUGAUACUUUAUUCUUCAUUCUGCAUUUUAAGCUCAUUCGUACUCCUGUUCAGUUUUUACGUUUUUGAGACUAUUUAUCCUGAGAGUGUCUGAAGAACCCUUGAAUGUAAUAGAAAUAUUAAUGGAGCAUGUAACACUGAAAGCAGACUGAUCCAUAUCAUACAAAAGUACUUGUUGUGUGAAAAUGCUUUGAGUAAAAUUGAAUAAUGUUUAGACUGCCCUAGGGCUCCCAUAAUGGGACUUACUACUUUUUAUCAUAAUGCCUACGUUUCUACUUUGAUCACAGGACCCUCUGUCUAUAUUGAAUGGCCUUUUCCAGGUUUUUUUAGAAACAGUAUUUCAAUUUUGUUGGUGUCUUCGACUGUCAGCUACAAAAUGCUACAGUCACCGUAUUUAUUCGACAUGUACUAUGGUCACUGGUCACAGUACACAGAAAAUUGUUUUGACAUUUCCUUUCCUGUAUCAGUGAUAUCUAUCACAGAUGUUUUUUGUAUGAAGAUCAAAGAUAUAAACUUGUAUCUUGCUGUAGACAUAUAAAACUUUAUGAUCAUAUUGCAAUGAUUCAUACAUACAGUACAUAUGAUUUGUUUUAACUUCAAUGACUACUCAUUGUUGGACUCAGUUUAUUACAAACUUUAAAUCUAAGAAAAUCACCCAGAAUUAUAAGCAUUACUUCUUAAACUAAUACUAUUAAAACAUAGUAAGACUUCUUCAUUUUA